GUUGGACUGGGAGCUCCUUAAAAUAAUUUAUUCGCGGUAUCCUGUCAGUAUCUUCGAUCCCACCCGCCCACAAAGGCCAGCAAGGUUAAGCAGGCACGGAGGGUGUCGUGCACACUGCAUUUUCCUGUUGGACAUCUGAGGAGGACCAGCCCAAGGAUGGAAGCUGUGGCUUUGUAUAACUUCCAGGCUGACGACAAGGAUGAAUUGACCUUUAAGAAAGGCGACACACUGAAGGUCCUCAACAUGGAAGACGACCAGAACUGGUACAAAGCAGAGCUCUUUGGCUAUGAAGGGCUCGUCCCAAAGAAUUACAUUAAGAUGAAGCCUCACCCGUGGUACUCUGGCAAGAUUUCCAGACAGGAGGCUGAACAGGUCCUCUUAAAACGGCAGUUCCGGGGAGCUUUUCUGAUCAGGGAAAGCGAGAGCAGCCCUGGAGAAUUCUCCAUCUCCGUGAACUAUGGAGAUCAUGUCCUACAUUUCAAAGUGCUCCGGGAGAAGAAUAGCAAGUAUUAUCUCUGGGACGAUAAGUUCACUUCUAUAAACCAACUGGUGGAUUUCUACAGAACCAACUCCAUCGCUAAGAAGGAGCAACUCUUUCUCCGAGAUCAUAUGAAAAAGCAGGAAGUAAGAGGGGGUCCCAGGACUCCAAAGUUCGUCCAAGCGCAGUUCAACUUCUCUGCCCAAAAUGCAUCCCAGCUGAGCUUCCAGAGAGGAGACAUCAUUGAAAUCCAGGAUUGUUCCGACCCCGACUGGUGGAGAGGGAAGAUUGGUGUGAAAAGCGGCCUCUUCCCCAGGAACUAUGUUUUCCCCCUGCGCAUAUGACCGGCCCUGCUCAUGCUCCAACUGGAGGACCCUUUUGCAGUAGCCAAAGACUUUUCAAAUUGAGGCCAGAAGUGCCACAGAAAAUCGAGGGGAUGGUCGUCCCACUCAGACUUUUUUCCAGGAGGAGGACAAAGGGGGCUCCCUCACAUAAGUGCCAACUCUCCACCCAUCUGAGAGCUGCAGUCCCUGCAUCCUUCCUGGUUGUCUGAAUUUCCAGCCAGAACCAAAUGCUGAUGGCAGAUCACACCGUCUGCACAAGUGGGGCAGACGAAUGGUGAUCCCUGCUAGCUCUGACAGGGCAUGUCUACAUUGCAAAUAUAUAUUGGUUUGAUGCCAUUGUAGCUUCCUUAAACAAGCUGGGGGACUUUAUCUCAGUGAGGAUGCUGAGAAUUGUGCUGGAAGUCCCAGGUGUGCCAUGCACAGAACUGCUGUUUCCAGUAUCCCCUGUGGAAGGGAAAUGACUGCUGAACAAGCAUCCAGCCUGUUCUUGCAGAUGCAGCCUUUUCUUGUAAAUACAUUCUUCUCCCUUUGCUUGUG